UUGAGUUUUUUCGGAAACAAGGCCAGCCAGCGCGAAAUGUCGGAUGUGGAAAAUCCACAACAACAAGUCCAAGACGAGAUUAAGAAAAUCUGUUUUGAAGGAGCCUGGGCUUGGAUUAUUGAAAUUGCCUUUUGGUGUUUAGUUGCCUGCCUAAUCAUGUAUCUCAUCAGACGUUUGAUUGAGGGUCCCUUCUAUCGCAAACCCAAUCGCAUAGAUGGCAAAGUUGUCAUCGUGACAGGCUGUAACACUGGCAUUGGCAAAGAAACAGCCAUGGAAUUGGCAAGGAGAGGUGCCCGCCUGUAUAUGGCCUGUCGUGAUGCUGCUCGCUGUGAGGCAGCCCGUUUGGAGAUCAUUGAGAAAACCCAGAAUACCAAUGUUUUCAAUCGCACUCUGGAUCUCUCGUCGCUCUCAUCGGUGCGUCAAUUUGCCGAACGAUUCAAGGCUGAGGAACAAAAACUGGAUAUUUUGGUGAACAAUGCUGGCGUCAUGGCCACACCGCGUAAACUCACCGCUGACGGCUUUGAACAACAAAUGGGCAUCAAUCAUUUGGGUCAUUUUCUGCUGACAAACCUGCUGGUGGAUCGCCUGAAGGCUGCUGCACCCAGUCGUGUGGUGGUGGUCAGUUCGGCUGCCUAUGUCUUUGGUCGUAUCAACAAACAGGAUUUGAUGAGUGAAAAAUCCUAUUCAAAAUUCUUUGGCGCCUAUUCGCAGAGUAAACUGGCCAACAUUUUGUUCACAAGGAAGCUGAGUGAACUUCUAAAAGAUUCCAAGGUGACAGUGAAUUGCCUACAUCCUGGCAUUGUUCGUACCGAGCUGAUGCGUUACAAUACCUGUCCCAAGACAUGGAAUGUGGUUAAGACUGUUAUUGACAUAUUUAUCCGUUCACCCAAAGCUGGCGCCCAAACGUCACUGUUUUUGGCAUUGGAUCCGAAAUUGGAAUGUGUUACGGGUGGUUUUUACUAUAAUAUGUUGAGAUUCCCUGUGCUGCCUAGGGCCAAGGAUACGGAAAUGACUGAAUGGUUAUGGCAGGAAAGUGAAAAAUUAGUGGGGUUGAAACAAUCGUUGGCGGGUGCCGGAAAAAAGGAAGAGAAUUCUUCGGAAAUGGAACAAGUUAAAGUUGUGGCGAGAGAGGAUUGA